GAGGACACCUGUGCGCAUGCGCGAGGCGUGUUACUUCCUGGCGUCCAACGUUGCCUUGGAGUGUUACUGGCGCGGCUCCUCUCAUUCAGCUCUUCGCGGAGCAGCCCAGUCAGUGCAAGUCAACCCAGCAGCGGACAUGUCGGACAGUGGGUGUCAGGAGCCCCCCAACGGUAACGGGGGGAGCCCAGCGACACGGCCGAGCAGACCGCCGGUGGGCAACCGAGUAACGGUGGUGCUGGGCGCGCAGUGGGGCGACGAGGGGAAGGGCAAAGUGGUAGACCUGCUGGCUCAAGACGCCGACAUGGUGUGCAGAUGUCAGGGUGGCAACAACGCGGGACACACAGUGGUGGUGGGCUCGGUGGAGUACGACUUUCACCUACUCCCAAGCGGCAUCAUCAACCCCAAGGUCACCGCCUUCAUCGGUAACGGCGUCGUGAUCCACCUCCCAGGCCUGUUCGAAGAGGCCAAAAAGAACGAGAGCAAAGGGGAAAGUCUCAAAGACUGGGACAAAAGGUUGAUCAUCUCCGACAGAGCGCACAUCGUGUUUGACUUCCACCAAGCUGUGGAUGGCGUUCAGGAACAGCUGAGGCAAGAGCAAGCAGGCAAGAACCUGGGGACGACCAAGAAGGGCAUCGGUCCGGUUUAUUCCACCAAGGCGGCACGCAGCGGCCUCAGGAUAUGUGACCUGUUGGCGGACUUCACACACUUUUCCGAGAGGUAUAAAGUCUUGGCCCAGCAGUACCAGGCCAUGUACCCCAGUCUGCAAAUCGACGUGGAGGGUGAGCUAGUCAAGUUAAAGGCUUACGUGGAGCAGAUCAAGCCCAUGGUGAGGGACGGCGUGCACUACAUGUACGAAGCUCUCCACGGGCCUCCCAAGAAGAUCCUGGUGGAGGGAGCCAACGCGGCCCUGCUGGACAUCGACUUCGGGACGUAUCCAUUUGUGACGUCGUCCAACUGCACGGUGGGCGGAGUCUGCACGGGCCUGGGCAUGCCACCGCAGAACGUGGGUGAGGUUUAUGGAGUGGUCAAGGCCUACACCACCCGAGUGGGCAUCGGCGCCUUCCCCUCUGAGCAGAACAACGAGCUCGGAGAGCUGCUUCAGACCCGCGGCAAGGAGGUGGGCGUGACCACGGGCCGAAAGAGGCGAUGCGGUUGGCUGGACCUGGUGCUCAUCAAAUACGCACACAUGAUCAACGGCUUCACAGCUUUAGCACUGACCAAACUGGACAUACUUGACGUCUUGCCGGAGAUCAAAGUGGGCGUGUCCUACAAAGUCAACGGCCAAACUAUACCGCACUUCCCAGCCAACCAGGAGGUGCUGCUGCAGGUGGAGGUGGAAUACGAGACGCUGCCCGGCUGGAAAAGCGACACGUCGGCCGCCAGGAGCUUCCACGAACUCCCAGAGAAUGCCCAGAAAUAUGUCUGCUUCAUCGAGGAGCACGUGGGAGUGCCCGUCAAAUGGAUCGGCGUGGGCAAGUCUCGGGAGUCAAUGAUCCAGCUCUUCUAGACCAGACGCAGCCUGUUGACUUCCUUCCUGUCUCUCUCUCUCUCGCUCUCUCUCACUCACUCACACACACACACACACACACACACACACACACAGCCCGACUACCUGACUGGACUCUGAUUUUUCUACCUGUUUCCUCUCUGAUUGUUGUCCUACCAAGUCGGCCUCUCUGGUCGGCGCCAGGAUUUUUCAUCACUGUUACUCGUUUAUACCAGACCCUCGAUAAACUCACACCAGCGCCUGUGAAGACAGAGCCGGCUAACAUGAAUUUACACCGUUUUAACGCGUUUAAACUGUGUUGUUCUGUUUUGUGUUUUAUUCUGACAGUCCAGGUUGACAGCACUUGCUGACUUAAAAGGGAUCUUUUAAAUAUUUAACUUUUUAAUGUCUCUCAACCAAAAAAAAAUGUUUUUAAGCUGAUCACUUUCACAGAAUGCUGUUGUUGUUUUCGCAUCCUCUUUUUUUUUAUUAUUAUUAUUUUUUUAACCACUACAGAGAAUCUGCUGUCACUCUUGAAGUCACUCUCUGCUUUGUUUCUUGUUGAUGUUACUGUUGCAGUUUUCUAACGUUACUAUGGCUGCAGAUCAGUUAUCCUCAUGGAGUUGAAGGCCCCAUCUUGGCAGUGAGACAUUAAACGUGGGGAAAAUCAUUGUUUGUAGUCUAAAUUCAUAUAAUGGACUAAUUCGAGACAUAGAAUUUAGAAUUAAGUCGGUAAAUAUAUCAACAUGAAAGCUCACCAACAAUUAACUAUAUGAUUUUUACAUGCACCUUUCCUGCCUCUAGAGGUCGCCGUUUUACUCAUACCAGGUAAGCGCUUUAUAAAUUAACUCAUCUAUAUAUCAAAUAAAAACCACCCAAACUUUUUAAUGAGAUAAUUUAAAUGAAGAGGAACUACUAUUGAAGCUUUUCUCGCAAACAUGACUUAAUUUGGUGAACUUCUUCCAUUUGUUAGUCAAAUAGGGCAGCUAAUUUCCAAUUUUCUGUCUGUACCAUAAACACACCCUGUGGUCGCUCUAAAGUUGAACUAGCUUCUUAAGCUAGCGCCAUAAACUGUAAGUUGAUACUUUUUACAUACUUUUUUACAUACUCGAUAAAACCACUAUAUCCUCAAAAUCUUUGGUGGCUUUAGAAUCGAAAGUCAACACGGCAUUUGUGUUUAUUGACGUAUUAAAAUAAUAUUUUGUCACGGCAGGAUAUUAGACGUGCUAAUGCUGCUAAAAGCAGCUGGUUAGCACAACUAUAAUACGAAGGAGUAAUGAUAUACAAUAAAAUCGGUUUGACAAUAAAAUUCCACCGAUUCUUCUACUAUCUAUUGUGUAUUCUAUUGUGGAUUAUAGUAUAAUUUUCCAUUAAACUAAAAGGGGGGACACUACCCGGUGUAUUAUCUGGUGAAUUGGUGUUUCCAUUUCGAACACUAGAGGGCGCCAUUUGACUGCUAAUGUUAAAACAAGCGCUCAUUAAAUGGGGAUUGAUUUAUUCUCUUGUGGGGCACAUAUGGUCUGAUGUUGCUGUUGCGUUUAUGUAAAUAAAGGAGGGUCUGUAUAGGG